CCCGCGGGCUGUGUCCGGCGCGGCCUCUCAGCAGAGAACGUGCGUGAGGCACAGCCCGGCCCGCGGGGCUGCGGGGGGAGCGGCGCCCGACGCCUCCUCAUGCCCCCCUGCCCAUGGCCCCCUCGCCAUGGCCCCCAGCGCCUCCCCAAGGCCCCGCGGCCCCUGCCCGGCCGUGCCUCCGCUGGGCGAGCGACGUUUCCUUCAUAGCUUGUCUUUACAUAAGAUCUAGGCCAGGCUUUAGCAUUCCUGCUUGGGGCCCCGUGGGGUGGGGGUUGCUGUUGUGGGAGAUUCCCUUCUCACUUCAGAGGUGCUUGAUUGAAAGGAUAAUGUGAAGAUUCCGCUUUCUCUGUUACGGGGAAGAGAUCGGGUUCUUAUGAAUGAGAGUGGAUUACUAGUCACACAGCUGCCUUCUCAUGCAUUAGUGGUGUUUUGUUUUGAAUGAGCUUUCGAAGUCUUUGCAGCAGAAUGCCGCUUUUAACAUAUAUUUUAGAGAAGGGAACUCUCUGCCUGGGUCUGAUAUUCAGUCACAACACAAAUACAGGGAUGGCCGGUGCUCCAAGCUGGAGGCAGAUUCUCAUCAGGAAGAUGAACAGCCUUUAGUUUGAGGGCAACACCAACUUAGGAGAAAUAAAUUGUUGUCUCUGAGGGUGGUGAGAGCCUGGCCCAGGUACCCAGAGAGGUGGUGGAUGAACCAUCCCUGGAGACAUCCCAGGCCAGGCUGGACGGGGCUCUGAGCAACCUGAGCUGGUGAAGAUGUCCCUGCCCAUGGCAGGGGGGCACUGGGGAGCUGGGAAGGUCCCUUCAACACAAACUGUUCUGUGGUUCUGUGAAGUUAAUCCACUAUAUUCCUGGAACUGGUGUCUCAGGUGUGGUUUUUACAGGCGUGGCCAGCCCUGCCCUUUUGGCUCUCAAGCUGAAAGCAACCGGGAGCAAGCCUGCCCUUCAGCAACUGAAAUGAGCUGGAGUUCCUGCUGCCUCUUCCCAUUCCUGCUCAUUCUUGCUCAUGUCUUUGCACUGCUGGCCUACCAUCGCCUCCUCCUGCAGUUUUUUGGGCCCCUGAGCUGCAAAUGCUGGAGCAGCAGGACUGUGAGCUGCCAGACUGGAGUCGCUCACUGGAUCGCAGCCUGCGGUGGAUUGUUACACACAACCGCAGUCCCAGGCCAGCGCAGACGGACGCUCUGUGCUGUUUCCCAGAGACGCCAGGCUGACCGGUUCCAACUGUCGAAAUCCUGUGGUGGAUUGAUUCAAGCCAACGGAGCCAUUACACAGCCAAACAGAUCAUUUUACAACACAAAUAAGCAUCUUUCUGCAAAAGAUUCCUUGCAGCCAUCUGAAGAGAAAGUGGGUCCUUUCACAAGGUUGAUAGAAGCACUGGGUUUCACGGGACCACUGAAGUACAGCAGAUGGAAAGUUAAAGUAGCAGCUUUGCGCAUGUACACGUGCUGCGUGGAGAAAACUGACUACGAGGAAUUUUUUAACAGGUGUCAAAUGCCUGAUACUUUGAAUUCGUGGUUUCUAGUAGCCCAGCUUCACGUCUGUUUGACCUCAGUGAAGUGGGAGCAGAACAUGGUUGGCUCUGGCGAGGCCAAGGACACCCUGCCACGCUCUGAAGGCUCCGGAACCUCUGUCUUACCUGCUGGACCUUUCACCUCAGAGGCUGGAAACCUUCCUGAGCUGUUGGCCAACGACCUGCCCACGUAGAUUCUGAUCACCAGCUGUUAAACCGUUCCUGUUUCCCCUUGCAGUGUGGCCUAGAUCACAUUCUGCUGUACCUCCUUCUCCCCAGUUCUUCGGAGUUUUAGAUUCAGCUCAUGUAGAGUGUCUUCUGGACCUGAAAAGAUGAGAAUUUUUCCUAGUUUGGUUAAGCCCAUCUCUGUCUUGCUGUUGUCAUUGCCCACUCUGUUCUAGUCAGCUGUGUUUCUGGGAUUUUUGCAUCCCACUUUUUAUAGACUUCAGGUGCUUGUGGAAGCAUCUGUUCUGUUACAGGUUCUGGUGGGUCCUUGGAAUCUCUGGUUCUUAUCUCUUCUUGUCUAUGAACAGAGUUUUCCUACUUACCUUCAGUCAGAAAGGAGGGAAAUUCGGGGUCUCAUGUUUAGCCUCUGCUUUUCCCCAUUUCUUUCAAGACAAUCUUCCAUUCGAGACACUCCAGUGCUAAAAUUAUACUUUAGAAAAUCGACCCAUUCUUUCCUGAAUGUCUUGUCUUUAUAGGCCAUUUUUGUUACUUCACACCUUUGAUGUCAGGAGGACUGUUUCUUUACGUUUAGAAGUCCAGACCUUUUAGAAAAUCUCAAGCAGUUCACCUCCACCGCUGGGUUUGCUGUUUCCCAUCCGGUGGCAAUCUCCGUGGGGUAUUGACCAUGGCCAGAGCUGUUACCAAGCUGCCGAAGAGAUGACUUUGGUGACAGUGGUGACGCGCUAAGAAAUGUCUUGGUGCAGGAUGUAUCAUAUAGAUACCUAGAGCUUCCUUCAUAUUUCCAUCAUACCAAAUGUGGUGACAUCUCUAAGGUAAAUUUGAUGAUGACACCAAGUUGGGAGGGAGUGUCGACCUGCUGGAAGGCAGGAGGGCUCUGCAGAGGGAUCUGGAUAGACUGGAAAAAUGGGCUGAUUCCAAUGGGAUGAAGUUCAACAAGACCAAAUGCCGGGUGCUGCACUUUGGCCACAACAACCCCCUGCAGCGCUCCAGGCUGGGCACAGAGUGGCUGGAGAGCAGUCAGACAGAAAGGGACCUGGGGGACUAAUGGACAGGAAGCUCAACAUGAGCCAACAGUGUGCCCAGCUGGCCAAGAAGGCCAAUGGUGUCCUGUCCUGUAUCAGAAAUAGCGUGGUGAGCAGGCCAAGGGCAGUGACCCUUCCCCUGUACUCUGCAUUGGGGAGGCCACACCUGGAGUAUUGUGUUCAGUUCUGGGCCCCUCAGCUCAGGAAAGAGAUUGAAGUGCUGGAGCGGGUCCAGAGAAGAGCAACAAGACUGGGGAAGGGACUUGAACACAAGCCCUAUGGGGAGAGGCUGAGGGAGCUGGGCUUGUUUAGUCUGGAGAAGAGGAGGCUUAGAGGUGAGCUCAGCACUCUCCAGAACUACCUGAAGGGCAGUUCUAGCCAGGUGGGGAUUGGUCUCUUCUCCCAGGCAGUCAGCAAUAGGACAAGGGGCCAUGGGCUUCAACUCUGCCAGGGGAAAUUGAGGCUGGAGAUGAGAAAGCAAUUCUGUGCAGAGAGAGUGGUCAGGCAUUGGAAUGGCUGCCCAGGGAGGUGCUGGACUCGCUGUCCCUGGAGGUUUUUAAACUGAGAUUGGACAUGGCACUUAGUGCCAUGAUCUAGUAAACGGACUAGAGUUGGACCAAGGGUUGGACUCAAUGAUCUCUGAGGUCUUUUCCAACCCAGUCGAUUCUGUGAUUCUGUAUUUAGGAUCAAAGCAGAGUGGUGCUAUGAUUCUUGUUCUGAAAGACUCAAAGACCUGUUGCAAGACUUCACCUGAGCAUUGUUUUUCAUAAGGAAAUCUGCACUUGAGAAAGUGUUGAUCAGUCUGAGAGAGUUCAAGAGCCACCAAGUACGUAGAAAACGGUUCCUGCAGGAAAAGGUGUCUCAGAUUUGCAUGGAGGAGACUGAGGAUACCAUAUCAGUUGGAAAUGUGCUGCCUCAGAAGAAAGGGAAUAAACUAUUUCAAGGUAGAGAGGACAGGGAGAAAGGGAUUUCAGUUACAUCAGAGGAGUCUUGCCUGAGAGAGCUUUUAAGAACAAGUUUAUCUGGAGUGUCUUAGGCAUUUAGCAGAUCCUGGCUUAACAUUUGGGAAACGGCCACGCUCGCUUUGGUGAGGUCUGCCCAGCAAAGACCUGGACACGGCUGUAAGCACAAUAGCUGGUGAACUUGCUAGGCUGGGCCACAGGAUAAUGUGUAAUCCUAACUAGGAAGAGUUCAGAGUUCUGAUUGUUGCCAUUAUUCAUAGAAGUGUAUGGCACAACAUACAGCUGAAGGCAAAGUCGAUUCAGGAGCUUCCUCCUCCUGCCCCCCGGGUUGCUGGUCAUUUGUGAAUGGGUUAAACGGAAUAAAGCCUUCCAAAAUUG